ACAACAACUUCUCUGAAAUAACAUUUUUUUCAUUCAUUUUAUUAAAAAAUCAGUUUAUUCAAGUGCAAUUUAUAUUCAUAUUUUUUUUACCGAGAGAUCUAAAAAUCAAAAUUAAGUGAUAAACUGAAAAAUGAAUAAAUUAUUAGAAGAAAAUGCUUCGAAUAUCAGCAACUCAUCUGAACAAUCGCCAUCGCCGCUGGUAAAGCCGGAGGAGUUGAAACCUUCAACUGAGGCCAAAACGUCGCCUGAAAUCCCGCUCGCCCAAAGCAACGCAAACUGUUCAAACGUUUCGCUUGUCAACCUCUUUGGAGAGCAAAUCGUAUCGAUGGAAAUUGACGCAACAAAACGUCUUUGCCUCGCUCAAAUUUCACACACACUGCUGAAAGAUUUCAGCUACAACGAAAUCCACAACAGAAGGGUAGCUCUCGGCAUUACCUGCAUUCAAUGUACCCCAGUACAACUCGAAGUGCUUCGACGUUCGGGGGCGAUGCCGAUUUCGUCUCGACGUUGCGGCAUGAUCACAUUCCGAGAAGCCGAGCGGCUUUGCAAGUCGUUUCUCUGCGAAAGUUACCCGCCGCCCAUUCCCGAGAACUUUCAGUUCAGAGUGUUCCACGCUUGUUCGUGGGGUUGCGAUGGAACUUUCCACCCGAGCCGAUAUAACUCGUCACGAGCCAAGUGCAUUCGCUGCGACAACUGCAGUGUAUUUUUCAGCCCAAAUAAAUUCAUAUUUCACAGUCACCGUGAGUCGAGUACAAAAUACAACCCCCCUGAUGCCGCCAACUUCAACUCGUGGCGACGACACAUUUUCCUCUCGGCUGAUCAUAGUUCGGACGAACAAAUCAGCCACGCGUGGGAGGACGUGAAAGCUAUGUUUAAUGGUGGAACCAGAAAAAGGUCAUCAACUAGUCAUAUUUCGGAGACAGGGAAUCCGCAAAUUCCUGCAAACAGUUCUCAAGUCAAGGCGUCCAAGCUCCAAAUGUUUUCGUCCAAUGAGAAUCCGAAAAAGGCGGGAUUUUCACCACUGGCUAAUAUGACGAUCUCUGGAAAACUGAAGCCAACAGCAGGAAUUGCGACAACAACUCAGACCUUUGCGCCCGUCAACUUAAGCGCAGCUUCAAAGUAUUCAAGUUUCCCGAGUUCAUUUGAAAACAUGCUGAAAACUUCCACUUUUGCGCCCCCAGUGGAUGAAAGGUUGAGUGAGUUUGUGGUGCCGCAAGGGGGAGCCAUGUACAACCCAAUGGCCACAGCGGCUGCUCUUUUGGGACCAGCGGCACUCAUGGUUCCCUGGCUGGCCCACCAGCCCACUGGCACAACUCCAGGCUUCCCAAUGAUUCCCGCAAUGGUGUCCAACUCCACAUGCGAUUUGAGACAACUGGGCGUCACUUUUGGACAGGGGACGAGAAGCACGCGAGACAUGGAGCAAGCUAAAGUUAAAUCGGCCAUAGGGAAAAGCGUGGAGGCCACUAGUCACAAAGCGGACAAUUUCUUUGCAACAAACCCAAAAAAUAAGAUAGACGGAAGCGACAGCAAAUUGUUGAACAGCCCAAUCCCAAUGACAAAAAGUUUUCCAGCAACGAACGCAUUUUUUGGAAACUCACACUCCUUUUCUCCCAGCAUGCUUGCUUCCUUCUACCAAAACUACCUGAUGGGAGCAGGAUCUACUGCGGAUGCUGCCAAAUCAGAGACAGAUCGAGUGGCAGCUACAAACGACAGCAGUUCACAAGACUGCAAUUAAGAAUCAUCAAUCAAAUAUGACCAUGAAUUUGUAGAAAAAAAUGCUUAAUACAAACUAACAAAUCUUUUGAACUUUUUUAUACAGAAAGCUGAAUUUGUUUAAGAGUGUAGUAAAAUUUGCUGUGUAAUUUAUC